CGACGUCGACGCCGCCGCCGCGAGCGUCCGGUGGGGACACGCGGAGGUCGGCAACCUUCGACGCGCGAUGGCGUGGGUGGAAGCGCCGUACAUCACGCUGGACGACAUCCCGGACCUGAGGAACGGCGACGCGCCGUUAGCGAUGGAAGACGCGGACUGGCUGCGGCCGAUGCUCGACGAGACCGUGCGUCACUCCGAGCUGCAAGUCGCGGAGAGGCUGUCGUUCGCGUGCCUGCAGAUCGCGCCCGCGUCCGGGGAGGCGGACCUCGUGAAGCUCGCCAACUGCCGCGCGAUCGCGAUGAGCACGUCGCACGGGCUGAUGGACCGGCUGAAGCUCGGGCAGAUCGUGUUGGACGAGCAGCGGAACGCGUUGCGGGCCAAGGUGGCGCUGAAGGGGGCGUUUUCUUCCUCCUCUUCCGGCGGCGGCGGGGGAGCGGAAGGGGACGGGGAAGGGGACGGCGGGGCGGGGGCCGCGUCGAGCGGCGCGCCGUAG